AUGAACAAUACAUCUGUUUUUCCUGAACACAACCAAAUCAACUUUGAAAACGAAAAUCUCGUUGAUGAAUCCUUGAAUCUGCCAAUGAAGCCGUACCUCCUGUUAAUCCUGUUUAUCCAAGCAUUGCUGUCUACAGUCGGGAAUCUGAUCAUCUGUUUGAUGACUAUUACGAUGCCAACGUUAAGGAAAAAUAUGUGUGUCUAUUUCAUUCUCUGCUUUAGUUUUAGUGACCUUUUAUUCGGAUCUGCGACCAUUGAUCAUUAUUUUCAAAGCAAUUUGGAUGACAUACCAUUAUGGAGAUGUUUGAUAACAACGACAGUAUCCUUAUCAGCUUUUCUUAUUUCGUUAGCCCAAGCAUUCUUGAUAUGUCUAGAACGCACACUCCAUAUAUUAUACUUUCCACGCUCAUCAUCUUUAUUAACCGAUAAAAACCGUACUUUUAUUGUGGUUGGGACGUGGGUGUUCUGUGUAGUGUAUAUUUGUGUGUUAGUGGCAUCCCGAGACUGUUCACUCAAGGAAAGAACAGUUGAGGAUUUCCUAAGCUCCUGUACAUCUGUUGUAAAUGGAGUCUAUGCAUUGUUUGCUCCUCUUUAUAUAGGUGUGGUAUUUCAAUACCUUUAUCUUCUUUAUAAAGUAAAAAAGUUACAGACCUCCGUGCGUAAUCUUAAGUCCAAUCAGCAGAACCAAAGUGAAGCAACUGUCCAGAAUUCAAGUCUUGAGCUUUUCAGAAACAUAUUCAAGACUGUGUCGGUCUUUGUUGUGACGUAUGUUGUAUCGUUUAGUCCAAUGCUGAUGCUGUUCUCGGAAAAUGCUUUUACAGGAAAUUUUAACAGAGAAAUGUUUGCUUUGGUAGUGAUUUUGUUAGGAUUAAAUGGUUUAAUUUCGCCUUUACUUUAUAUUUGGAGGUUCAAAGACGUUCGUCGUUUGUUUGAAUGCUGA